CCUCCAUUUGGGUCUUUAACUGCCCUAAUCCCAAAAUUGGUUCGAUCUGUGUUCAUCUCCACAGACAGUUUUCAUCGCGAUCUCCGGAAUCUAAAGUGUGAGAUUUGAAUGGAAUUAGCAGACAGAUCUGUUGGAUUUCUUUUGUCUCUUACAAGCAUAUCCAUAUUCACAUAUUAUACUUUCUGGGUCAUCAUCUUGCCAUUUGUUGAUGAUGAACACUUCAUCCACAAGUACUUCUUGCCCCAAGAGUAUGCCAUUCUCAUUCCUGUUUUUGCAGGUGUAACACUCCUUUGCUUUUUAUCUGUCUUUUUUGGGGUUGUUAAGCUUAAAUCCAAGAAGAAGAAGGCAUAAAACAAUAUGAAAGCAUCAUACCUUUGAAGUUAGUUUUCUUUUUUUCCUUAUAUAAACACUCCAACCUAAUAGGACAAUAACACUUUUGCUCCAAGUAUCUUGCAUUUGCCUGUUGCAUAUUGAAACCCAAAGUUAACAAGUAUUAUUCUAUUUGAAGAAAGAUUUGUUCAUGGUGCUCUUAGAAAUUGAGCAAAGCCACUAGGCAACUGCAUUUUGGAGAGUGUCAAAAAUGUUCAUGAACUUGGGUCUUUUUUGAUAUGGGGUUAUUUGAAUAACCAUUUUUUUGUUUCUUUUUCAAAUAAUCUUGUUUCAUAUAUAGGUUAUAGAAAAUCAUAUUAUUUGGACAAUAGGUGUUUGUUUCCAUCAUUAUGCAAUAUAGUGAUUUCAAUAUUAAGCAUCUCUGUGUAAACAAUUAAAGCUUGAUUAGAUUACUACUUUUCCACAACAUUGCUAAAUUGAAUAUAUAUUGAGAUUGACAUGCA